GAGCUUUGAAGGGGCCCCGGAAAGACAGAUAUACGCCCCGGGCGUCGGCGAAGCAGACGCGCGACUUGAGCCGACAUUUGCGGGCCAACCUGGGCGAGCCCGACCUCGCCGGCGCAAUUGUGGUGGCCCGGCCUUUCUGCCUGAGCUUUGGAUCAGAGGUCGUGCCCCUGCACUUUUCUGGCGGUCAAUCAGAGGUCCAGAUCUCCAAGAGAGAGGGCCAGCAUCAGGCUUGCAUCGUGCUCCAGAAAAGACAGGGGUGCAGUUCGCCUGUGGAAGUAGUGAGGAAGUGCACAUGCAAGUUGCAGACGCCGGAGCUUUGCGGAGUUCGCGUGCUGCGCAAGCGCGCCGCCGUGGGCCGCGCGUUCCCCAGCCUCACCUGCUCGGGCUCUUCCGCUGCUCUGAAAGUGGCGGCACUCGGCCUGGGCUCCCCACGGGCCAGUGAGUGGGAGACCCACGCGUUCCGCCGAGGCUGGGCGGACGAGGCCUUGACACAAGGCGGCUUGACCAGCCUUUUCUUCAGCGGGGGAUGGAAGGGCGUCGCUGCUCUCGGCUGCGCGUCUGCGCAGGCGAAGGGCGCCCUCCUGGCCGCGGAAUGGUUGGUCGAGGUCUCAGAUUCUUCGUCCGGUGACGGGAUCGCGCGCAAGGAAAAGCAGGCGGUUUUGAG